AUGGAGAAUAAUCUUUUAUCGCCUCCAGCACCAUCAUCACCUCAAGAAGCUCCAGCGGACACUGAAAAGCAAAAUGGAAAAGGAAAAUCUGCUGAUUUCCUAUUUCCAGAACUUGUUUCGGAGAAUAUGGAAACGCAAGAGUCAGAAUCAAAAUCGUCUGAGGGUAAAAUUAAAAAGAAAGAAGAUACAUCUUUUCAAGAAACUCCAGAGUUUUCUUGUAUCAUGCUCCCCACGGACAGUUCGUGUUUUUUACCUUCAACAUCAUCACCUCAAGAAGUUCCAGUGGACACAAAGAAGCAAAAUGGAAAAAGAAAAUCUGCCAGCUCCUCCAAAGGAAAAGCUAAAAUGAAAAAGGAGGUUUACUUUGGUGAUGCUAUAAAUUUGUUUGGGAAACCUCAACAAGAGUCUUCUCUUGAAUUUAGCAGUGUUUCAGUUAUGGAGGAUAAUUUUUUGUUACCUUCACCCUCGACGUCUCAACAAGUAGUUCCAGAGAACACAAAGAAGCAAGCGGCUAAAUCGAAAACAUCCAAGGGUAAAGGUAAAAAGAAAAAAGAAGAUACAUCUUUUAAAGCAGCUGAACAACUAAGUAGUAGCAUGAUCAGCUCGAACCAACAUUUUUUAUUACCUUCAACAUCAUAUCAACAAGAUGUAUCAUUACCUUCAACAUCUACGUAUCAACAAGAUGCUUUUUUACCUUCAACAUCUUCGUAUCAACAAAAUGUAUCAUUACCCUCAACAUCUUCGUAUCAACAAGUAGUUCCAGAGAUGGCAAAGAAGAAAAAGGCUAAACCGAAAUCUUCUAAAGGAAAAGCUAAGAAGACGAAGGGAGAUGAUUCUACUGGACAACCCCAAGAGAAGACGUAUGAAGAAGUGAAAAGGUCAAAAUCGAAACGAUACAUAGGACUUCCAUUAGAGGUAGCUGACCGGCUGAGACUUAGAGCUAAUCAACUGGAAAGAGAACGGCAACACAACCAAACCAGGGCACUCAAUGUACUGAAAAGCAUGGACAUUCCUUUAUUCCCAAACGUUUGCAAAAAUAAGGUCGGUUCCAAGUGCCACACGCUAAGGAAUGUUAUCGCUUACAUAGAAUAUUUAACGGAACUAAUACGGGAUUACGAUCAGAAUCACGGCGUAUCUGAGCACUUGCUCCAAUUGUCUCAGCAGCACCUGCAGCAGAUGAAAGAGCAAUUAGCAGUGAUGGCACAAGAAGAGACGCAUUACCAGGCACAACAGCAAAAUAUUGAUCAAGAAAUAGAAAGGUAUCAACAGCAAAUGCUUCAGCAACAGCAGCAUCCUGAGACACAAUUACAGCCUUUUUCAAAUCAACAACAGGUACCGCCUGAGCAGCUUCAUCAGCAGCAACUUCAGACUGUUCCUAAUCAACAAGAUCCACAGACUGACCUGCAGCAUUCACAAACGCUGCAACAAAAAGAGCAAAGCUCCGAGAUUCAGCCUGAGGUUAGUGAUAUACAGCUCAAGCCUAGCCUACACCAACAAAUGCUUUCACAGCCUAAUCAACUUCAGAAUACGCAGCAAGAAACUGAUCAACAACAGAUAUCGCAUCAAAAUAAUAUUCAAAUUUCUCCAAUUCAGAAUGAACAACCCCACAGAGUGCCCCAAUUCUCUCAACAAAGGCAACAGAUGACACACCCAUUAAAGCAUCCAGUUCCCAAAAGUCCACAUCAACAGCUUGAGACAAAUCACCAGAAUCCACAAAUCUUACAAAAUUACCCUUAUCUCCCUCAUCAAGAGCUUAAUAGAGAGCAACAUUUACGGCCACAACCACAUAAUCAACAAAGCCAAAUCCAAAACGAGAAGCAAAACCCUGAACAGCAGCAACAAUGUCUGCCCAAACUACUUCCGCAAGAGAUCCAAUUUCAACACAACCAGCAACAACCUGAGAGACAGCAAAACACAAUACCACAGCAGCAGCAGCAGCAGCCUGAGAACAACAACCAACAGCUAUGUCCCGAAAUGUUACAACAGAGGUCACAACAUCAACAGAAUGCCUCCCGAAAUCCUCAGCCUAAUCAACCUCGACAAAAUUUAAACCAACAUUCCCAGCAUCAGCAACAAGAACAGAAUCCGUUCCAACUGCCUCAGCAUCAUCAGUAUCGACAGAAUUCGUCCCUUUGUCUCCAGUAUCAACAACAUCAACAGAAUCCAUCCCUAAAUCCUCAUCACCAACAACAAAAACAGGAUACCUCCAAACAUCCAGAGCACCAUCAACGGAACUCCUCCCAAUAUCCCCUGUGUCAUCAACAGAAUUCCUCCCAAUAUAUCCAGCAUCAGCAAUAUUCACAGAAAUCUUCCCAUGAUCCACAUUUCCAAAAUCAGGUACAUGUGAGGCAGCAACAGCCUAAUUUCCAACAUUUCUACCCCUAUAACCAACAGUCUAAUCUACAGCAACCACAAUAUCAUCAAAACAAUACCACAAACCGACCUCUACAGCCUGAGCAACAGAGACAAAAGCCAGAAAUACAGAACCAGAUAAGAGACCAGGGACAUCAUAAUAGAGCUCCAGACAAAAACCAACAAAUGCUGCCAAGGAUUCAGCAACAGAAUCCGGCCUUACUAAAUCACCAUCAGGCUCAGCAGAAUUGGUGGCCUGCAAACCAAUCCUUAGUUGUACCUGUAAGUGGUUGUUCCAGACAUCAAUCAGCGCCAACAAAUACUACCUCUCUUACACCCAUGAAUAGCAAUGGUAUUAAUCAUGCCCCAGGAUCUGUUGGACCUAAUGGACAUUUCAAUUCUUUGUUUCCGGCUCAGUACCCAUACAGUAACCGUUUCGCACAGCCUGCAUUCGCUCAGCAGUACUAUCCAGCACCCAUGCCCUGGGCACCACAAAGCCAGUCCUUAGGACAGGUUCCUGUUUGUUCUGAUUUUAAUUUAAUGAAUCAAGGCCAGAGCUCAAAAACGAAACCCAUUCGCAAAGCAAGGGCUACCAAAACAAAACAAACUACAAAAGCUAGAACAUCAACAGCAUCAGCUACAACAGCAACAGCUACAACAGCAACGGCAUCAGCUACCACAGCCUCAGCUACAAUAUCAACAGCAUCAGCUACAACAGCAUCAGCUACAACAUCAACAGCAUCAGCUACAACAGCAUUGGUUACAAAAUCAACAGCAUCAGCUACAACAGCAUCGGCUACAACUUCAACGGUAUCAGAUACAACGUCAACAGCGUCAGGUACAACAUCGACAGCAUCCUCUGAAUCACGUAGUCACACAGUUGUAAAUCCUAUAGGGAAAAAAAGAGCAGCUCUAAAUGACCGAACCAAUAUUUUGCUGAAUGAAACAAUUUGUCCUACAUUUUCUGUUUUAACCUCGACCCUUUGCUACCCAUCGCCUGACUCGAGAGCAAGUGGCUCAACUUCCACUGACAACAGUUUCACAAGCAUAGGUCCUGACAACAACGUCCAUGACGCUAACAAAAAGAAUCAAAAUAGUGCAGCUGAGAAUACUGACUGGCUGCUGGAUGCUGCUUCUGUAGAUGAGUUUUUUGAAAAUUUAAAUAAAGAAUUGUGA